UGCUCCAGUGUGGUGCCCGCUGCGUUCUCAGUGGUGGGCAUGUUGCGCGCGGGGAGGGUCGACUUUCACAUGACAUUGAGGCUAUGUAGAUGAGCGCGAGCGUGUGUAUGUGUGUGUGUGUGUGAGUGUGUGUUGAGGUGGUGGCUGGUGCUGGUGGAGGGGUGGAGGGGGUGUAACAUUGCUGGUCGCAGCUGAUGUUGGGUGGUGGCACAAGGCGAAGCUGCUCGUUCCCGAGCUCGUGUGGACCGGCUCCGUUCAGCACCACCCUGUUGGACAGCGCCACCUCCACCUUCACCGUCACCGUCACCUCCGAAACGGCCGCGUGCGCGUGUGCGUCUGCGUCUGCGCCGUCUCCAGCAGGACCUCUCCAGGACUCGCUUCGCCGGUCUGUAUGGACGCGCCUCGCUUUCGGACGCGCGGCUGAAAUUGCUGAAAUUGCACGGGAGGAGCGCGCGCACGGUGCUGGAGCUCGGGCACGCGGUUGAACUGUGAAUUCCAGCUCAGCCCAGGUGCCUCGCUGACCUGACCCGCAGCCACUUCGCACCCAAUCCGAACCACCCACCCGCCACCCAAACCGACCCCCCCUCUCCCAAUCCCUGUAACCAACUCCCACCCUCCCCGCGAAGCUGCUGUCUACGUGGAGCGCUGCUGAUCUCUCGCGCCCGCCUGCCCGGACCUUGGCCAAAGCCAGAGAGAUGGCGAGCAACGGCGCGAAAGCCGCCGCCGCGGACGGACACGUGCUGACCGAGGUGAACGAGGCGGCGGCGCCCACUGCCAACGACAAGCCCAAGACGCUGGUGGUGAAGGUGCAGAAAAAGAAGGAUCUGCCGGACCGGGAGACGUGGGCGGGGAAGUUUGACUUUCUGUUGUCGUGCGUUGGCUACGCCAUCGGACUGGGCAAUGUGUGGAGAUUUCCCUACCUCUGUGGCAAAAACGGCGGAGGGGCCUUCUUGAUCCCGUACUUUUUGACGCUCAUAUUUGCUGGAGUACCCUUGUUUCUGCUGGAGACCGCACUCGGUCAGUACACUUCCAUUGGAGGACUUGGAGUGUGGAAACUAGCGCCCAUGUUUAAAGGUGUUGGCCUGGCAGCAGCAGUUCUCUCCUUCUGGCUUAACAUCUACUACAUCGUCAUCAUAGCCUGGGCCAUUUACUAUCUAUAUAACUCCUUCACUACUGAUCUUCCCUGGAAGAGCUGUGAUAACCCGUGGAACACAGACAGAUGCUUUUCAAACUACAGCCUGGCCAGCACGGCCAACAUGACCAGCGCGGUGGUGGAGUUCUGGGAACGCAACAUGCACCAGCUCACCAAUGGGCUGGAGGAGCCGGGCGAGGUCCGCGGACCGCUGGCCAUAACUCUCGCCAUCGCCUGGGUUUUGGUGUAUUUCUGUAUCUGGAAAGGUGUUGGCUGGACUGGAAAGGUGGUGUACUUCUCGGCGACGUAUCCGUACUUCAUGCUCCUGAUUCUGUUCUUCCGUGGAGUCACUCUGCCCGGAGCUAAAGAGGGCAUUCUGUUCUACAUCACCCCAGACUUCGAGAAGCUGAAGGAAUCAGAGGUGUGGCUGGAUGCUGCCACUCAGAUCUUCUUCUCUUAUGGUCUUGGCCUCGGGUCACUGAUCGCCCUUGGAAGCUACAACCCCUUCAACAAUAAUGUUUACAAGGAUUCGAUCAUUGUCUGCUGCAUCAACUCCUUCACCAGCAUGUUCGCUGGCUUUGUCAUUUUCUCCAUUGUGGGUUUCAUGUCUCACAUAACAAAGAGGCCCAUCGCUGACGUGGCAAAAUCAGGUCCAGGACUGGCCUUCCUGGCCUACCCAGAGGCUGUAACCCAGCUACCCAUCUCUCCACUCUGGGCUAUCCUCUUCUUCUCCAUGCUGCUGAUGCUGGGUAUUGACAGCCAGUUCUGUACGGUAGAGGGGUUCAUCACAGCUUUGGUGGACGAGUUCCCGCGGGUCCUGAGAGGAAGGCGAGAGAUCUUCAUCGCGGUCGUCUGCCUCAUUUCUUAUAUAAUCGGACUGUCUAACAUAACGCAGGGUGGUCUAUAUGUGUUCAAGCUGUUUGAUUAUUACUCGGCCAGCGGGAUGUGUCUGCUGUUCCUGGUGUUCUUCGAGUGCAUCUCCAUCUCCUGGUUCUACGGUGUCAAUAAGUUCUACGGGAACAUCGAGGAGAUGAUUGGAUACAAGCCCUGCAUCUGGUGGAAACUCUGCUGGGUCGUGUUCACGCCUCUGAUCGUGGCGGGUGUGUUCCUCUUCAGUGCGGUUCAGAUGGUUCCUCUCACUAUGAAUAAUUACGUGUUCCCGAAGUGGGGGCAGGGGGUCGGCUGGUGUAUGGCCUUAUCGUCGAUGGUCCUCAUUCCAGGAUACAUGGGCUACAUGUUCCUCACAUUAAAAGGCUCCUACAAAGAGCGUCUCCGGAUAAUGAUCCAGCCCACGGCUCUGGUCAAGACCCAAGAGAACGGGCCGGAGCAGCAGCCGGAAAACCCGACCCCGGCCAACGACGAGGCCUACAUCUAAGGAGCGCAUCUCCAGAGUGUGGAAGGCCGGCUCACGUACCGAACAAAAGAUACAAAUAAAGAAAUAAAGUAACGUAAUCACGUUUGAUCACGACCAAGGACUUCCAUGUCUAAAAUAUAUGUUCACCUACCUCCGGGGGAAAAAUGUGACCAACCUGAUUACACGUGAUGUUUUUAAAUGUAUGUACGAACAAAAAACAAGAAAAUGAACAAAACAAACAGUACAAACUAUCUGGCAAUGAAUAUAGUGCUUAGUUUGUAUUUCAUAUGCAAGAUAUUAGUCUUUCCAAAAUGUAACACUGUAACAAAUCCUGUAAUUUGCGGUUUAAUUCCUUCCGGGAUAAUUCCGGGUUAAAUCCGGUAUAAUUCCAAGUUUGGAGGCCCAAUGUGAUUGAUUGAUUGAUUGAUUGAUUGAACACUACUGUGCUAAUUCAAUAUAUAUAUAUAUAUAUAUAUAUAUAUAUAUAUAUAUAUAUAUAUAUAUAUUUACAUGUAAUUAAUAUGUUAAGAUAUUGUAUAAAGACUUUAGAAUAGAAUCCAACUGUAUUUGAUUGUAUUUCAAGAAAUACAAAAAAAAGAAACACAACAAACUUUCAGAAUGAAGUAAGUUGGCACAGUUGGCACAGCUGGCACAUUAUUAAUCUUAAAUCUACAGCCACUAAGUGAGCAUGCGACUGUACACACAGUGCAUGCCCAGAUCAGUUUGUGGCCUGCAUUUUAACUACGGUUAUGUAGCCAGAUUUUCAGAUUAUCACUCUGAGGUCAUAAGAAAUAAGAGAAAUAAGAGUUUACAACCAACCCCUCUACCCCCAUCAACCCUGAUCUAAAAGCACAACACCAGUAUAACCAGUAUACAAAUAUGAGUUUACAAACGUCAAGAGCAGCGAUGAGACACAGAAAGAGAGACUGUUACAGCUUAGUUUCUUUUUUCCUUUUUUUAAUUUUCUAAGAGAAAAAUAAAUCAAUUUGUAUGUGUUUUUUUAGAGUCGUUUUUAGGACGUUUUUUCUAUGUAAGAGUGAGAAGGACCAAAACCAGUAUUCACUCCGCCAGAUUCGCGUACGAAACGUCGCACUGUGUCCUGUUAAUAAAGCACAGCAAAGGGGGGUAAAAUAGCCACAGAGCCACGUGUUGCAACGCCAACGACCACACUGUUAAUCUGCUCGGUUUUUGCUCGUUCUGCAUGCCACUGCAUCCUCAGGAACUAUGGUGGACGUGACCAAGUUUGACCGAGGUUCUAAACUUUGGUCUCUCUCCAGUUGAGUUGAGUUGAGUUGAGUUGGGUUGAGUUGAGCUGAGCUGAGCUAAGCUGAGUUCAGUUGAACUGAUUUAGAGGGACAGGCAUCCGCCAUCUUUGUUGCGUAAUCAGA